AUAAAUACUCUCUCUCUCUCUCAUAUUGCUAACAUCUUUCUUCUUUUCACUUCUUUCAAAAGCAAAUCUAAAAAAGCUUCACUUAUAGCAUAGCAUCAUCCCUUUUUAUUCUAUCUUUUCUUGUCCCUUUCCCUUUCACUUGAUCUUCAUUUUUCAUCUCAAACACCACCAUAGCCACUUCUCUUCUUUGAAUUGCGUGCAAAUUUAGCUACUUUUGUUCCUCUUGUUGCUUCUCUUACAAGAUCUUAUCUCACCCCAGCUUUGUUCCUAAGCUGAAAUCUUUUAUUUUAUUUUACAAGAUUCUCUAUUUUUUUCUCAUAUAAUGGUGACCCUUAAUAUUAUUUACAUAUAAUGGAUUCCAAUACCCAACAGAACCAACCCAAUUCUGGGUUGCUUCGUUUUCGUUCUGCACCAAGUUCACUCUUUUCAAAUCUCACACCUUCUUUUGUUGAUGAUAACAAAGGCACUAAAGAUUUUUGGGAUGAUUCUGAAUCAGAGAGAUUGGUUUCAAGGUUUGUGAGUAACGAUAAUAUUAAUAUGUCUGGUUCUUCUUGUUCUAAGGAGAUGAGUGGAAUGAAUUCUGGUUAUGGCGGCGGCGGCGGCUGUGGUAGUGGGUUGCCACCUCACUAUCCUAGACACGGUUCUGCUGCAGCUUCAAGUUCUGCUAUGGAUGGUUCUUUUGGAUUGGUCGGUUCAUUGGGGAUGAAUAAUGAAACAUCUCAUAAGACCUUUGGUUCAAAUCUUCUUAGGCAGGGUAGUUCCCCUGCUGGUCUUUUCUCCAACAUUUCAUUUCAAAAUGGGUUUGCUGCCAUGAAGGGUGUGGGAAACUAUGCUGCGAUGAAUGGAAGUAAUGGCGAUGUAAUUCCGUCUAUUAACCGAUUGAAUAGUCAAGUUAGCUUCCCUUCAAGAAACACUUCUUCGUCGGGAAUGUUAUCACACUUCUCUGAGAUAGAUAGCGAGGAUAUUGAAGCAACUAGCCCUGACGAUGGAGGCAGCAAUGGUGAUACACCUCAUUAUGGUUCUGGAUUUCCCUAUAGUUCUUGGAAUGAUACUCAAUCAUUCUCAGAAAAUCUCAUUGGCUUGAAACGAGAGCAAAGCGGCAACGAAAAAAUGUUUUCUGAUUUUCAGAAUGGAGGACUAGGAAAUCAAGUUCAUAUGUUAUCACAUCAUUUGAGUUUAUCGAAGACUUCAUCUGAGAUGAUUACUAUGGAGAAGUUGUUUCAGUUUCCAGAUUCCGUUCCUUGUAAAAUCAGAGCGAAACGAGGUUGCGCUACUCAUCCUCGAAGCAUUGCCGAAAGGGUAAGAAGAACUAGGAUCAGUGAAAGAAUGAGGAAAUUACAAGAGCUUGUUCCAAACAUGGACAAGCAAACUAACACAUCAGACAUGUUGGAUUUGGCUGUUGAUUACAUUAAACAACUACAGAAACAAUUCAAGUCUCUAAGUGACAAACGAGCAAACUGCAAAUGUACGAGGAUGCAGAAGGCAAAUCAAAUUCCUUGACAAAAGCUUCUUAUGCAAAGAUGGAUUAGGAUCGGAUACUUUUAGGUCUAUGCUUAAAAAUAAGUAGAAACAAACAAAGCUAAUAUAAAAAUGCUAUGAUGCUAUUGUUGAGUGCGACACUUAAUACAAAGCAUAUAAUAUAAUGUAGGUCCUCACCGCAAUGGAAAAGUUCUUUAGAUUAAAGGGGUUUCAAUUGAAGAGCAAUAAUAUUGAAUAUUUAAUUUAAUUUUUAAUUUUGUAUAGCGUUGUACUAAUAAAUGUUUACACACUAAUAAAUUAAUUACUCUUGAA